UUUUCUCCCGUACAACUUUUCCAGUAGGGAAGCGAAUAGGAGCACACCCAUAUCAGCAAUUAUCAGCGACAGUAACUAUCUCCAGAUAUAGGCGCAGGAAGAGAAACAGCUGCAGUCGUCCCGGACCCAAAAAAAAACACAACUUUGGUUUCAUCUCCGAUCAAUGCGCGCAACUUUUACGCAUCAAAAGAAGAGAUUUGUUUGUGUGUGGAGACGCUCCGCUCGGCUCCCGCGUUCGUCUCUCGUAUCUGUGUGGAGGGACCAAGUUUGUCCACUCACCUACUGAGUUUUUUGGACGUCUGAAAAGGGACCGGACUGCUUUAUCACCCGGCCGUCCUUAUCUGGACAGACAUCUCCACACGAAUUGUAUUAAGUCAUCUGUUGAAAAAGACGCAGGCAAAUUCUUCUAAAGCAGGCUAGCAGAGCCUUUACGUGUGGCCAGUACCCUAUCACCACCACAGGACCGGGACCAGCCCUGAGACAUCCUCCCUUUAAUUCCUAACACUCCAAACCAGUUGUGAAAAUGUAUCAGAGCCUGGCCUUGUCCUCCAACCAGUCCCCGUACGCGCACGACACCGGGAAUUACAUCCACCCGUCUGCCAGCUCUCCGGUCUAUGUCCCGACCCCCAGGGUCCCGAGUAUGCUGCCCACCCUGCCCUACCUGCAGACCUGCGACUCGACCCACCAGUCCCAUGGCCUCGGCGCUCACCACGGCUGGGCCCAGGCCGCAACGGAUGGCUCCUCUUUCACGCCCAGCAGCCCCCACCCUACGCAUGGCUUCUCGUACUCGCACAGCCCGCCCGUCAGCAGCAACACCGGCCGGGAUGCGAGCUACCAGAGCCCGCUGGUUCUCGGGAACGGCGCCCGGGUGGAUCAGUACGGAGGCGCGCUGGUGCGCUCGGUCGGAGGCUCCUACUCCAGCCCUUACGCCUACAUGAGCCCGGAGAUGGCGACGUCCUCCUGGACGCCGGGACCCUUCGAGGGGGGAGUGAUUAGUCUGCAGGGACGCCAUGGACUGUCUGGGAGAAAGUCCAGUCUGGACCUGAUUGACGACAUGGCCAACGAGGGCAGGGAGUGCGUGAACUGCGGCUCCGUGUCCACGCCACUGUGGCGCAGGGACGGCACCGGCCACUACCUGUGCAACGCCUGCGGCCUCUACCACAAAAUGAACGGCAUCAACAGGCCGCUCAUCAAACCACAGAAACGACUGCAGACCACAUCUCGCAGGGCCGGCCUUUGCUGCACUAACUGCCACACCAGCACCACGACACUGUGGAGACGCAACGCUGAAGGAGAACCAGUGUGUAACGCUUGCGGUCUCUACAUGAAGCUGCAUGGGGUGGCCAGACCUCUGGCUAUGAAGAAAGAGAGCAUUCAGACCAGGAAGCGCAAACCCAAGAUACCCAAGAAUAAAACAUCCACAGGAUCCACCGCUUCCGACACCAGCUCCCCAACAUCGCUGACAGUCUCAGAACACGCCUCAAGCAUUAAGAGCGAACCCAACAUGGCCCCUUCCCCCUACGCUGGACAGACAGUCACGUCUGCCACUCAGACGGCUUCUCAUUUAAACAGCACAGGAUCAGGACAUGUGGACAUUAAAUAUGAGAAUUAUCCUUUUACACCGACCUCCAUGGCCCAACAGAACUCCUGGUGCGCUCUUUCUCAAGCAUGAGAAAAAAAACCUUGAUCUACAGGACCGCCAUACUGACCCAACACAGCUCACCUUGGCCAUCCCUCCAUCCUGUGACCAUUCCUCUUGACUCUGAGCCGUGGGGAAUAGAGAGCUGGGCUGUAUAAACAUUGAAUUUGGGGUUAAUGCGGUGUCUGACAGACGCGUGCGCUCUUCACCUGAGCACCUUGACCAAAUCUGCUUGCCACACUGUAACACACUGGCUCUGUAACAGGCAACCUGGACCAUACUUUAGCUUCACAGUAGUUUAUAUCAACAAAGAUAUUAAUUUCAGCAAUGCGAGACUAGCUUCACAGGGACACAGGGUACCCGAGCUGCGGUUCUACAUAAGGAUAAGUUUGUAUUAUCCAAAGCACAUGGACUCAACAGCUUAGCCAGAGGAAAUGAAGACACUGACCCUGGCUCACCUGAAUUCACACCCAACAAGCCACUUUUCCUCAGCUGGACAACAACAACUACCUAUUACUAAAACAAAAUCUCAGUAUUUGGAGAAACAAAACACCAAGUACGCCAACGCAACAAAAAUCGAGUGGAAUGUAAAAAGACAUGGAUACAGUGACCCCUUUUUAUAUCCUAUAACUGAUUUUAGUUUCCAUUAAGUUUUUGUUGCUGUCGCUGGUGUUUGUUGAUAAACCCUCACUGCUUUCUGUGGUGUUUUCAAGUUAGGAGGGCAAUUUCAGCACAUUGUUGGCAUCGCAGAAAGAAAAAUACCUUUUUUAUGACUGUUGAACAUGUCUCAUUACAAACGUGCAGAUGAUUAACUUUUAUAGGCACAUUAUUUAUGUUGAGAUAAGGACAGUGAAAAGUCAUGGUGGACACUAAAACCAGCCGGUUAUAGCCCACGGUUCGCUGUUGUUGGCUAAGCUAUGACACUUAGUUUGUGUGUGUUUUUACAAGAUAUAAUAUGCAUCUUGUAUGAUUCAUUUAAAAAUCAGAACCAGUCGCGUUGUUUCUCACAUCAUGACUGCAUAUCAGAAGUCUUUUUCAUUUAAAAAUUGAAAGCACAACAAACAAGUUUGAAAUGAUUUUUAACAUAAUAAUCUAAUUUUAUUGUCUUGUAUUUGUCAGUAUGUAAGGGGAUUAUAUUUUCAUACUGUUCUAAUAGCUCUCUCUUGUUCCCUCUCCUUUUUUCAAUGCUCUUUUGAAUCUGUUCAGGUUAAUAAACUGAUUCCCAUUUUA